AUGGCCAAAAGAUCAGCUGAAGACGCUCAGUCACGCAUUUCCAAGCGUACUAGGCUAGACACCAAUAGUACAGACUCGCCUGCCGAUUUUACUGCUCCAGAUAGCCAGAACAACAAUGAAGAAUCUGCUGGUUUUGAGAUUUUGACAGGGUACCGGGAUCUGGACCAAAAAUCGAGCAAAGACAGAGUAGAAGUGGCCAGGAAUGGGGAUGUAGGUCUGGUCAUAGAUCGUUUAAAGUUAGCAGAUCGACUGUUUGAAAGAUUCACUGAGGCAGAAGCGAAAAAUACAUCUCUCUUAGCGCACGACUCUCGAGCAUUAUUGGGCGUCAGUGAGCUCGCUCAGUUAAGUGUUCGAAAUCUCAAGCUAGAUGCAGCACAGCUAGCUCUUGGAGUAAAUGAUGCUAUUAAUUACACGAAAAGGUACAUGUUAAAGGAUUAUUUCAAGGUGAAUGGGAUUCCAGAGCCGCAGACGGACAUCCUGAGCCACAAUGAAGAUGAAGGUCAGCAAAACGAAGACGAUGAGGUCAAUCAUGACUUACAAGCACACUCUCGUCAAAAAGCACAGCGCAACUUGUUGGAUGCAUAUGGAAGGUAUAAUGAAUUCACUCACUUCAAUUGGUUUAAACUAGGAAUGCUAUUUCAAGCCAAGUCUCGAGCCCCCGCAGUCGUGGAUCACCUGCUCGGCCCAUUUGCCGCUGAGAAAAAAGUGAGGGCUUCCAGCCAACGAGCAGCUCGCUCUAUAGAAGUAGUGGGAAGGACGGCAACCGCCGCGCGUGUAACCAGAGACUCACUGAUUGAGUCCGAGAAGGAUGAAUCCACUCCAGAGAACGUUAAAAAAUGCUUCAAGAUUUUGCGAAAGCAGAAGGGGCACUCACCCAUCAACCUGUACAAGUUUAUCAUAGACCCAAAUUCCUUUGCGCGAUCGGUGGAGAAUCUGUUCUAUACCAGCUUUCUGAUAAAAGAAGGCAAAUUAGUCAUGGAUGAAGAUGAAGAAGGGUUUCCGGCUGUACGAGUGAAAGAGCCACUGCCUUCUGGAGUUCAUGACAGAGAAAUUGAAGUACAGAAACGUAAAGACACUCGUCCAUCUCAUCUGAUUUUUCAACUUGAUAUCAAUACCUGGAGAAAAUUGAUAGACAGGUUCGAUAUACGAAGGUCAUUUCUUGGUGCACAAGGAAAGCCUGGCGGUAGAGCUUAA